AAAAGAGGAGGGGGGUAGGAGAGGGACGAGGCGCUAAGGGAGAACCCCACACCAGCUCUUGCACCCUGCCGGAGCUGAGCAGAGCCCGGCUGUGAGAAAGAUGUUCGAUAACACGCAGUAUCCCUACAACUGUUUCAACUACGAUGGUGAUGAUUACCCCGCCUGCAGCUCCGAUGAGGAGAAGAAACUCAGUCGCCCAGCUUACAGCUACAUUGCCUUGAUUGCAAUGGCCAUCCAGCAAAGCCCUACCAAUAGAGUGACGCUGUCUGGCAUUUAUGACUUUAUAAUGAAGAAAUUCCCUUACUACAGAUCAAACCAAAGAGCCUGGCAAAACUCCAUUAGGCAUAACCUCUCCCUAAACAGUUGUUUUGUAAAGGUCCCCAGAAUGGAAGGGAACGAGAAGGGAAAGGGAAACUAUUGGACUUUCGCUUCAGGAUGUGAGUCCAUGCUGGAUCUUUUUGAAAACGGGAACUAUCGGAGGAGGCGGAGGAGGAGAAAUAUGAAAAAAGAACCUAAAUACCAGAACUCAGGUGGGAUUAUGGAGCCUUCCACAACCGAGCUGCCCAUUACAGAUUCAUGCUCAGAGAGCAUCCACCUGAAUGAAGGCACGACGAAGAAACAGGAGUUCAGAACCCCUCACCUAGAGCCUUCUCCAUUCUAUUCAAAUGAUCUCUCCAAUCGGCAGAACCUAAACAAUGCCUCCCUUGGAAAAUCUGACUCAGAAAUUAAAUUUAGCAUUGAUUACAUCCUCUCAUCUCCCGAUCCCUUGCCUGCCUUAAGAUCGCCCUUCAAUCCCCAAGACAAUAAAUAUCAUCUUCUGGAGCCUCAACAAAUUAACCUCCAGUUUUGGACAAUGUGAGAUGCUCAAAAAAUGGGGUAAUUUUGGUACUGCUCUAUAGCACUAGCUUUCAGUUAGUGAGAUUGCUGUGCUUCUUUCCCAUAUCAUCUUCUGAAAGAGCACAAUCAAGCCAACUUUUCAUAUAAAAACUGAGCUGUUCAAUCAAAACCAAAAGCUGGAUUUCAGCCGUUUGUGCUUAAUGGUUAAUCCACUUGUUGGGGGGGGGGGGUGGCUUUUGAUUUCAUAAACAAUGCAAAUGGAAAACUGGCUAUUAUUCCUUUAAAGAUGCUCACCUGUGGAGAAAUCUACAUCAUGGAUCAAUUCAAUUCAGUUCAAUUCAACAAAAAUGUGCCAGGCAUCGUGUUGGGCAUUGGGGUUAUAAAAACAUACUCACACCAUAUAGAUUAACCUGCUGACACCAUUUUCCAGCUAAAUCCUUAAGAGAGAGAGAGAGAGAGAGAGAGAGAGAGAGAGAGAGAGAGAGAGAGAGACAGACAGACAGACAGACAGACAGACAGACAGACAGAUAGACAGACAGACAGAGACAGAGAGAGACAGAGACAGAGACAAUAUUUGAUUCCUUUAUUCUAAUUCUUAGCUCGUUGCUCCAUUCCCUAACAAAAUUUAUUGAUAGCUCUUUUAGUGGCUGGAUGAGAGAGUUAUAUCAACUCUAAACAGUAAUAUGUGGUAGUAAUUUAUCCAAUGAAAGUUAUAUCUAGAUAUUGCUUACUUUGGUUAAUAUUUGGUGGAUGAUGUGAUAAGAUCUGACAGAUAUGCCCCAUCUCAUCUGCAAAGAAAGUGUCCUCUUGUAUUAUUGUGAUGGCUUAAGAAAUCCCUUGAAUUUGUUCUAUUUAACGUGGAAGGAGAUAAAAGUGGGCUUGGAAUUUUAGGCAUUGGCUAAAUACUGAAAUGGAGUUAGUUUUAUUCCCUGGCUCAAAAUAGUAAAUUCAUAUGAAGUCACUGAUCCCUCCUGCUAUCAGCCACCAAAGUGAUACUGGAAAAAUGUCCUUUCCAUUUUGGUGAAGUGGGUAAUCACAGUCUGGCACAAUUACAGAUAUCCAUAUUAGGAUGGCAUGCAUCAUUUGAAAUAUAAAUGAUUUCAUUACUGUGAGAAAUGAACAUUUAGAGAAAUAUAAUCAUACACAUGAAACUAUUUGGCCACUUGGCAUUUUAAAAAAUCAUAUAUGUCUUUACAGAAUUAAUUGCUCUCUACAACAUAAUUUGAUUGUUAGCAUAGAUUAUUCUAGAAAUGAUUUGCAAAGUAGCAACCAUAGACUUAAACAGAAAUACAUUCAGAGAUGCUAGUCUUCUCAAUAUACAAUUUUAAAAACAAAUUCAGGCUUUAGAAAAGGAACUUAAGGUAAAUGAAAGUAGGCAAAUUAACAAGGAUAAACCAAACCAUGUAAAAGAUAGACUUAGACAUUGUUCAAAUUUUGAAAUGGGAAGUCUGACAUUUCAUUAAAUUAUUCAUACUGUAUAUAGAUACUUGACAUACUCUUACAUAUUUUCAGAUGAGGAAAGAUCGCCAGUGACAUUUAUAAAUAUUGUGAAAUUGCAUGAUUUUGUCUUUUCUCGUGUUCAAAAUUGUUACGGAUGCUUCUACUGUACUGCCUUUCCAGCUCUCUGCCCCCCAAAAAACAUCCUGCUGACUUCUUUCUUAGAAAAUGAUAUGGGUUUUCAGAAAGCCCUUCACCUUAGCAAGAAUAAGUGCUUUUCCACAUUCCAUUGGAAAAAUUUUUCUCAGAAAAGCAGCAGAAUCUAUGGAAAUCUAUUUUAAAAAGGACCAACAAAUGGCAAGGAUAUCACCAAAAGCAAAACAGAACACCACCUGCCUUCCAAGUUUCUAAUAAUAUUUUUCAAUAACCAUGAGACAUUUUCAUGUUGUCAGAAUGAUGAUAUGUAUAUGUGUAUGUGUGUCUUGUGAGUUUUUUUAUGUGUCUGCACUCCAAUGUACAUAUAGCUAUAUUUAUAUCUGAGUUGCUGUCUUGCCAAAAACAUUAUUUUUAAUUAUGCUAUAUAUAAGCAGGAUGGUGACAAUGCAAUGUAGUCUGUACUGGAAACGAGUAUAUAUGGAGUGUUUGGAAAUAUAUUUUUCUGUUGCCAAUGGAGCAAACACAAUUUGCUUUA